GUGUAAAUGAAGGAAAACUUCGUUUAAAAAUAUAAAUAUUAUUAAGAAAUUUUAAAGAAAAAUAUAAAUUUCUCAUAAUAUAAUAUAUUAAAUCCCAAUAAAGUUUUGUUUUAUUACAAAAAGUGAAAAAAUUUUCAAUAACUAUAUUUAUAUUAUUCGGUGUUGAAUCAUCACUUUUGUGCUUAAGCAACUUUUUAUAUUCAUUUUACAAGUCCCAAAAUAAGAGCAAUAUUUCACACAUAUAUGCCAAAAUGCCAUCAACUGGACCAGUUUAUCAGCCCACUACUGUUUCUUAUGAAACACGUCCAAGUGGGCUUUUAGCACAAACUGCAUCUGUAUCUCCAAUGAAAAUAUUAAGAAAACCAAUGGCACAAAUAGCAUUAUUAGUAUUUGCAUUACUAUCAAUUGCAGCUGGUAUUGCAAUGAUAGCAGAUGGAGCUGCUGAUUAUGCUGAUACAGAAGAACAUAAAGAAGAAUUAGGUUUUAAAACAAAUGAAACAUCUGAAGGUAUAGACAUUGGAGUAGUUGUUGGUGGUGUAUUAAUAACAAUUAUUGGAUUUUGUUUGCUUGGUUUUUACCUCAAAAUAGCAGACUGGAGACGUAAUUGUGUAUGUCCAUGUUACAUCAGCAAAAAACAAGGUCUUGCACGCCAAUUACAAUGUUCUAGUGGUUAUGCAAUUAAAUCCAUCCAAAUAAUGCCAUUAAAUCCAUCCACAGAUCCAUUGGUAUCACAUACACAAUAUGCACCUGUAUCAGAAUUACCAAGACCUGAUGAUGAAGAAAGAAGAAAUCUAAUGCCAGAUAAUAAGGAUUGUUUAAGUAGUGCAGAAGAAUCUGAUCGUAUGUUAGAUUCCGAUCCCAGAAUUGUAUUACGUCCAACUGGUGGUGAUGUUGAAGAAGCUUAAAUUUAAUUUUCUUUUUGGAUUUUUAUUUUAAAAUUCUUUUAAAAGAAAACUAUCAGAUUACUAUUGAAAAAAGUUUACACAUUAUGUUAGACUUAAUGUCGUUAUGAUGAUAUUAUAAUUUAUUUGUUUUUUUUUACACCAAUGGUUUAUUGACUCGGGACAAUUUCGAAAAUCGAAAAAAUAUGUAUUCAAAUUUAGGACCUAGCUUUAAGUUUAAGAAUAUUAUCAAAAUAUCUGAUAUUAAAUCAAAUACAUGAUAUACCAUAUACAAAUAAAUGAUAUACCAUUUUACACUUACAAUUUACUAGUGUAUUAUUAGGUAUAUACGUGAAAGUGUAUUAAAACUGUGUGACCAAAAGUAUUUUUCCCUAUUGUUAUAAUUUGGAAUUUUUUUAAAUUUACAAAAUCUCUGUUUCAAAACCUGGUUUUUUGCUUUAUCUUUAAUACCCAAAAAGCCAGUCAUGUUAUUUGAAUUAUUUUGUUUAAAGUAAAAUUUAUUACUUCACAAAAAACAUUUGGGUAUUAAAUUUUUAUAAUAAUUUCUGGCUAUUUACAAUUUAAUCUUACAGUAGCUAAAUAAACUUAGAAAGUUAGUUAUCCAUAAUCUCAGACGAUUAAGAAUUUUGGUUGAACGAAUUUUCGUCUUUGAAUAUUCGCUAAUUAAUAUAAAAUUUUAUCAAACAGAUUCUUAAAUAAUAUUGGGAUUGUUUGUCAUUGCAGAUAUUUCUAAUAUUGUAUAUUUUAUAUUCUUAAUAUUAUCGCUACAUAAAUGCUAUUAGGAAUAUUGUGUAUAUAUUAUCCCUGACUUCAAACUUGCAUAAAUACGGUAAUACGAUAAUACACUUUUAACAAUGACAACUUAUAAGUUAAAUUGUAUAAGUUAAAUGCAGUAUUAUUUCAAUUUCGAAGUCUAAAUAAUACUCAUAAACAUAAAGGGUUGUUUCACAAAAAUCUAUCUUUGAAAAAGAUGUUAAAAUAUUAAAUUUGUUUUUAUAUUGAACUUUGAUCCAAAUUUCUUAUUUUAAAAUAUUUUGUGUUUUAAGACUAAAACGGAAAAUAAUUAUUUAUAAUAUUGUACGAAUAGUAUAAGUUUAAGUUUAAAAGCUUUAGGUUGAAAUUUUGAAUGAGCUCAGAGAGUUUUUCGGCUUUUUGAUAAAGCAUUUUAAAUUGCAUUUUAGAGUAAAAAAAAAAUAAUUAUGUAUUUAUUAUUAAAAAAAAAUUGCAAAUAGAAUUUUGAAUUCUACUUUUUCAUUUAUGUUUAUACGUACUAUUCAUAAACAUAUUA